AUGCCGCCCAACAUGGGGAGUACGAUUGGCGAUCUCAGCAACGACGACUACGUCGCGCAGGUCCUCGCUCAGGAAGCGCGCGACAGCUCCCUGAAAUACUCCGCGCAGGGAAUGGGAGCAUACAUGCCGAAACGGUGGGUGAUUCUCAUCAACAUCUUCCAACCUACAACUGACGGCGAUUGCCACAGACCCGCAGGCGCAGCCCCCAAGCCGAAUACGCGAUUCCUACGCCACAUAAUUAAAGAAACGGACAACCACAAUGCCGCGCUAAAGCGGAAAGAGGAGCGCGAAGCCCGCGAGCGAAUGCAGCAGCUGCGACACAAGACGGCCGCCGCGCGCCUGGCGGGGGAGUCCGAAUCUCGCAGUCAUCGCCACCGCGACCGGGACUCGCGCCGAGAUGAUCGCGACGACAGACAUCGCUCCCACCGGCGGCGACACCGCAGUCGCUCCGCCUCCGUCGAGCGGGCGCGGCAUCGCAAACACCGUGGACGACGCGACGAGUCGGACGACUCUGAGGAAGAGCGGUACCGGUCGUCUAGGAAGAGUCGACGGCGGCGGUCGUAUUCCCGCUCGAGGAGCCGCUCGCCACGAGACGAGGACCGCCACUCGCGCAGCCAUCGCCGGCGACACUACAAGCGUGCGGAUCCUUCGCGAUCUCGAUCCCGGUCGCGAUCCCCGGAAACGGAUGACCGGAGGAGGCACAGGCGCAAGGAAGAGUCGUCGCGUCUGUCGCCGGUCCCCCGCGCAAGCCCUACCCCUCCCCCUGCGGCGCCGUCCGAGAAUGAAUCAGAUCCACUGGAGGAUCUGGUCGGCCCGCUUCCUCCGAAAGAGAAUGCCGUGCAGCCUCUUCGCUCGCGCGGUCGCGGCGCGUAUAAACUCAGCGCCAGCAACAUCGACGCCCAUUUUGCCGCGGACUACGACCCGACGCUGGACGUUCAGCUGGAAGACGACGACACUGCCGCGGGCAGCAAGCCCACGCGUCGCCCAGUUGCCGGACUCAUGACGGGCGACGAUGACUGGGAACUUUCGCUCGAGGCGCUCCGCGAUCGGGCGCAUUGGAGACGACGAGGCGAAGAUCGGCUGCGUGAGGCUGGGUUCAACGAUGCGUUUGUGGAGAAGUGGAAGGCUAAUACCACUCCCGCUGCGGCGACGGAACCGGACGCUGAGGGUCGGUUGGAAGAUGUGCGGUGGUCAAAGAAGGGCGAGGGUCGGGAAUGGGAUCGGGGGAAGUUUGUGGAUGAGGACGGGCAUAUUGAUGUCAAGGCAUCGUGGUAG